AUGAGGCACCGCGACCUCGGCCCAGAGCAGGAGAAGGAACGGGGGGGUUUUAGUCAUUUCUAUGCGUUCGUAUCAACUAAACGACACGACACGACACGACACGACACGACACGACACGACACGACACGACACGACACGACACACACACGACACGACACGACACGACGACACGACACGACACGACACGACACAAGUCAAAAGUCAAAAGUCAAAAGUCAAGAGUCAAGAGUCAAGAGUCAAGAGUCAAGAGUCAAGAGUCAAGAGUCAAGAGUCAAGAGUCAAGAGUCAAGAGUCAAGAGAGUCAAGAGUCAAGAGUCAAGAGUCAAAGAGUCAAAGAGUCAAAGAGUCAAAGAGUCAAAGAGUCAAAGAGUCAAAGAGUCAAAGAGUCAAAGAGUCAAAGAGUCAAAGAGUCAAAGAGUCAAAGAGUCAGUCAAAGAGUCAAAGAGUCAAAGAGUCAAAGAGUCAAAGAGUCAAAGAGUCAAAGAGUCAAAGAGUCAAAGAGUCAAAGAAAAACCCCCCCCCCCGUCGUCUUAUUCGAUUUGCAGGCCUCGAGGCGGCGGCGCCGUGUUCCGCGCGCGCCUCAUAGUGGAGUCCUGCGGACGGGGCCCGCCUUACCAUCUGGCGGGCCAAUACCCGUCGGGGGGUUGCGACGAAUGCUUCGGCGAUACCCGCCCCUCCGACACAUGGGUGGUAAGUAGGUCCACAAGGGUACCACCAGGCGUGAUGCGUGUUUAUUAUCACAGGGAUAGCAAGCAUAAGUCAAAGUUAAAAGAUGACAUUUAUGAUCAGCCCGUUAACUUGAUGAAUAAGAAGUCCCCACAUGCUAAGGAGGAGCCUUCAGACGUUCGAGGAGAAACAAACCCUGAUCCCUGGUCUCCGUUCGAUUUCUCCAAGUUCGACAAAUACCUGAACGAUUACAAGGAUGGCGACAAGCAAGAUACCUCACCUGAGCACAACCGCAUCAAACGAAGAGCUCGGAACGUGAGAAAAUUCAGUACGAUGCUGGGGCCACAGCUUCGGGAAAGACCACACCACUACACCUACCCUGAACCAGUCAAAGACCGUAUAAUGGAAUUCACCACCACGACAAAAAAACCUGGCAUCAUGCCGGACCAGAUGAACCCUGGAGUGAUAUUUAGAGUGCGAAUGUCGGAUGCCAUUCUUCGCAUUAAACAGCGGAUGUACGAAGACCCAGAGAGGCAUAUAGAAGCUGAUAUAAUCUACACGAAUCUGAUUAAAAAGGUGGUUAUGGAUGAGAUAACCAAGUUCCACAACCUGCUCUUGAUGUACAAGACAGAUAAGAGUAUAAAGGAGCACUUAGGAGAAUGUGGAGGAAGGAUCUAUAAGUUCAUUAGCUACAUGACCAUUAAAGUUCAUAUUUAUUGUCUGUUUGACGCUCUGUGGAUUGAUGGUAACCCAUAUGUGAUUGGUGAUGAGUAUUCCGUCACUCCAGUUGAAGUCCCUCCGAUGUUGCAGUGUGAUGCAGCGGAAUGCAAUUCUAUAGUGUUCGUUGACUCAAUCACUGAGCCUAAAGAUGUUGAGGAGUAA